CACACCAAAAAAAAAAUCCAUCAAUCUUAUUGCUCUCAUUCUUGUGUUGAUGUUGAUGUAAACCCUCUCAAAUGCUUGGGAGGGAAAGGGGAAAUUGCACUGAAAUAUUGGAUCUUUGGAUUAGAAAGUUUGGGAAAAAUAAAAGAAGCUCUCAUCUUUUGAGUUUUUUUGUUUUUUCCCUUGUUUUCAUACCUCUACUUUCAGGUGUUGUGAAAAUUUUCAAAGGGCAUUAUUUCCUUGGUUUAAAGUUUUUUGCCCUUUGGGUUCUUGUUAUUACCUCACAAGAACCUGACUAGUUUUAAGGUUUAUACUUUGAACUCCUUUCUGGGGUUUUUUUUUUAAAUUAGAUUAUUGUUAAUUCUAUUGUUCUGUCUCGUACUGUACAUACUACUUGAUCGUCAAGGUUGCAUUUUGGGGUUGAUACUGAAAAAAUUGAAUUGGUCGUUCAAAAAAGAAAGGCUCAUCAGGGGUAGGCUGAUAAUAGUACCAUGUCUGUUGCUGAUGUCGCUUUGAGCCCAAUUAGUGAAGAAUCAGUGAGGUCUAGUGGGUAUAUCAUCAACCGGUUGAAUCUUACCUCCGGUGAAUCUAUUGUGAUAUACCUCACUCUUGCUGGUUCUGUCAUUCCCAUGAAGGUUUUAGAAUCUGAUUCAAUUGGUUCAGUCAAACUUAGGAUCCAAAAAUGCAAAGGCUGUGUUGUGAAAAGGCAGAAGCUGGUUUUUGGUGGCAGAGAACUAGCAAGAAGUGAUUCUCUUGUUAAGGAUUACGGUAUAUCGAGUGGGAACGUCUUGCACUUAAUUGUGAAGCUCUCUGAUACUGUUCUGGUCACGGUUGGGACCAUCUGUGAGCGUGAAUAUGAAUUUCAUGUUGAUCGUCAUCGGAAUGUUGGGUAUCUCAAGCGUGUGAUUGCCAAGAAAGCAGAAGGAUUUACUAAUACUGAGGAUCAGGAAGUUCUCUACAAUGGUCAGAAGCUUGAGGAACAUAGACUGAUUGAUGAUGUAUGCAAGUUUUCUGAAGCUAUUCUUCACUUGGUAGUUGAAAAAUCUGCAAAAGUUCGGGCUAAGCCUAUUGAGAAAGAUGUUGAAUUCUCAAUUGUGGCUGCAAAUUGCAGUGAGAGGACACAUGAAGAAAAAGUGCAGGAAGAAAAGGAACAAACUACGGACUAUCAAGUGACAUCUUGGAAGCCACAGGACAAAAGCAGUUUGCUGGAACCAGUCAUUGUAAAUCCAAAGGUGAAAUUUCCCUUAUUUGUGCAGCAGAUGAUUGAUUCUGUAUUGGAAGGAUUGGAGAAUGGAAGACCACCUCUGCGAUCAUCUGAGGGUACAGGAGGAACUUACUUCAUGCAAGACGCAUCAGGAGAUAAAUCUGUUGCUGUUUUCAAGCCCAUAGAUGAAGAACCGAUGGCUGUAAAUAAUCCCCAUGGGCUACCUUUGUCAUUGAAUGGUGAAGGAUUGAAGAAAGGGACCAGAGUUGGAGAGGGAGCCUUAAGGGAAGUUGCAGCCUAUAUACUUGAUCACCCAAAGAAUGGGCCACGCUGCCUGUCAAAUUGGGAUGUUGGUUUUGCUGGUGUUCCCCCUACAGUAAUGGUUCAAUGCUCACACAAGGAAUUCUAUCAUCCAGAAGGGUAUGAGAAUCCGCAUAACUAUAUGAAGCUGGGAUCUCUGCAGAUGUUUAUGAGUAAUUCUGGGAGCUGCGAGGACAUGGGUCCUCGAGAUUUUCCUGUGGAGGAGGUUCACAAAAUCAGUGUCUUGGACAUAAGAACUGCAAAUGCAGAUAGGCAUGCUGGAAAUAUAUUGGUAACCAGAGAAGGGAAACAAGGGCGAAUCGAGCUUAUCCCAAUUGACCAUGGAUACUGCUUGCCUGAGAUUUUUGAAGAUUGCACAUUUGACUGGCUUUACUGGCCACAAGCCCGUGAACCUUUCUCGCCAGAGACCACUAGCUACAUAGACACUCUUGAUGCUGAGCUAGACAUCAGACUACUUAAAUUCUAUGGGUUGGAUCUAUCCCUGGAAUGUGCUCGAACAUUCCGCAUCUCCACCAUGCUUCUGAAGAAAGGGGCAGCCAGAGGGCUCACUCCCUUUGCCAUUGGAAGCAUGAUGUGCAGGGAAUCCUUAAACAAGAAAUCCAUGAUAGAAGAGAUCAUUCAUGAUGCUCAAGAAUCCAUGCUCCCCGGCAUGAGUGAAGCUGCAUUUCUUGAAAUGGUAUCUGACAUUAUGGAUAUUCAGCUUGACAAGCUCAUUGAAUCACCAUCAUAGGGUUUCUAGUGUAUAUGUAUAGAACGUCCAAUUAUAUAGGUGGACUGGAGUUGGUGCCUUUCUACAUUCUGUUUGAUUUUGGUGUCAGCUGAAUUGCUUCCAUAUUUACUCAGAGAAGCAGGACUAAAUUAAGAAUAAAGAGGUCGUUGUAAAACUAAUACUAUUAUAGUGGAGGAAAAGAGGAAAGUAAGAAAGAAGAACAACUAUUCUUUCAUACUCAAAUGAACUUUUCAAUUCUUCAGUUCUGUAUGACCCCUACCCCCUAUGUU